AUGCAUAACAACAGCCGGAGCUUUCGCGCGCUGUCGCCGUCUCCAAUGACAGACAUGGAUAUGUCUCUCAAUUCGUUCACAUUCGCUUCCCAUGCGCGGACAACCAGCGAUUGCUCCUCCGUGAGCCCGUCAAGCUCCCCUAUUUCGAGCCCUACAGCGUCUCCUAAGACGAGAUUUCGGAGCUUCACCCGGAGGAUGCGUUCCCCCAGCUCCACGACUACGGACUCGCGCAGCCGCAGUGGCAGUGGCAGUCCAUUCACCCUGUGUUCCGCCAUGUCUCGCCGCCCAUCUGCCUUCUUUCUUCGCCGUCGCCCCUCUGCCGUCGAUCUUGCAUUGAGUGAGGAACGCUCCCGAUGCGAUGAAGAUACGGUCGAACGAACAGGCCUCGGUUUGAUGGAACCCCGUCCCGUCGACCCAGUUCCGACUCCGAUGGGCUUCGCUGCGGAUAUCUUCGGUGAUAUGGACAGUAUGUUGAAGGCGACUCCUGAUCUUCCAAUGCGCCCUCAGCAGCCCCGCUUUGUUCUGGGUGGUAUUUUCGAGGUGAUGGAAGGACGCGCAUGA